CUUGGCCAUUUUGCUGCAAAUCCUGGGAAAUCUUGCAAGCAUAUUCUUGAAUCAAAUGACUCUAAAGGAGAUGGGGAAUACUGGAUCGAUCCCGAGGGCAAAGGAAACCCUUUGAAGGUCUACUGUGAUAUGAAAACUGACGGAGGAGGCUGGCUUCUUACAUCCAUCUUUGAGGUAGAUAGCUCGACCGCUCUUCCCGCUUGGACCGGCGAGCCAUCGUACCGCGGGAUCAGUCAAUUCACUAAUCACAAAAUGGGUAUCACAUUAAGUGCCAUGAGAGAGCUCAGAAGACACUUGUCUUUCACCCAGAUGAGAUUCCACUGCAGCAAACAACAGGGACGUACGUUCCACGUGACCACUGCCGCUAAUAGCUCUGGUGAAGCUGUAGUCCAGUAUUUCAGCGGUCAGACGAAUACCCUGCCAGACUCGUGUCUCUCUUUUGUUAGAAUGAAAGAUGACAACUCUUAUCUUUCCAGGUAUUGUGCCAGAUGGGGAAACAACGGACUUUCGCAAUUCGUAGGGAAGUGGGGGCAUAAAAAUAAAGCAGGCGAAACACGUUUGUACGAUCACACUGCAUUUGUUGCUAAUCAGUAUCACUGGAUGACAACCUCUGGAAAACGCUUGUGCGACGACAAGAACGGCGAUACCUUUAUAACUUUGUCAAAGGGAGAUUUUUGGAAGAUUUUUGUUCGUUAAACAGCUAGCGACUCGCAGAACUGACAGGGGAAACACACACUUAACAAACGAUUUAUAUUCACUAUAGUCUUAAAAAAGCGAAAUGUUUAAAC